GCAGAUCUAGCAUCCAACAACGUAUCACUCCCAUAAAGCAGGAGGUUCCAAUUUAACAGCAAUGAAUGACUCUGUGAAUGACAGUGAGAAUUUCUUUGAGUAUGAAGAUGAAAUCUGUGAAAAAGAAGAGCUGGUCAAAUUUGGAUCCAUUGCCAUUCCUGUUUUCUUCUUUGUUGUGAUCACACUGAGCCUCAUAGGAAAUAUCCUUGUUCUGGUAUUACUGGCCUUCUAUGAAAACCUAAAGUCUCUCACCAACAUUUUCAUCCUCAACCUGGCAAUCUCUGACCUCAUCUUCACCACCGGGCUCCCUUUCUGGGCCGUUUACCACAUCUGGGGAUGGGUGUUUCCAGAGAUUCUCUGCAAAAUUGUGACUUUUGUCUUCUUCACCGGGUUUUACAGCAGCAUCCUCUUCUUGACCAUGAUGACUAUCUACAGGUAUUUGGCCGUGGUCCACCCUCUUUAUGACCUGAGCACACAGAAAGUCAGCACUGGGGUUGUUGUAUCUUUCCUAAUCUGGAUAAUCAGCACUGGGGCAGCCAUUCCCUCCCUGCUCUACACCUCCCUCAUUGAGAUCUACCACAAGGAUGGUAGUUCCUGGGGCUGCGAAUACAACACUGCCCUGUGCAAAAACAUUGCUAUUUCUCAACAGAAUAUUUUAUUUUUGGUUGCUUUUGCAGUGAUAGGUUUCUGCUACAUCCAAAUACUGCGAAGAAUUACAAGAACAAGAUCGCCCACAAAGAACAGAGCAGUUAAGUUAGUCUUCUGUAUUGUAGCUGUGUUCUUCGUCGGCUGGGUGCCUUACAAUGUGGUCAUCUUUCUGAGGAUUUUGGCUGAUAAUUUGGUUGAACCCUUUGAUGACUGCAGAGUAAGCAUCCAGCUUGAUUAUGCAUUCUAUGUGUGCCGGUUCAUUGCUUUCUCCCACUGCUGCCUCAACCCUGUCUUUUAUGUAUUUGUUGGUGUGAAGUUUAGGAGUCAUUUGAAGUCGAUGCUGCAUCGGCUGUUUAAUCGCCAAAGACUAGUCGAGGAACAGCAGCAGGUUAGAAUGCAAAACCUCAUCUCACAUGGAUCAGUGUACUAGUUUCUGCCAUUUUCUUGUAUUUACUGUUGUAUCACGGAUUUAAUAAUAUUCAUUUGGUGUGUACUUGGUAGAAAUAGAAACUAGUUCAUAUGUUGAGGUUUGCAAGCAAGCUGAACUCAAUAUUCAAAUCAGACUUCUGCCAUUUAUUGUUUCAUGUGUGUAUCUGUGUUGAAUCUUUGAUAGAAGGUGACUUGAAUUGUUUUAGGUCAUGGUUUUAAUUUCAAAAUAUUAUUAGUAGCAGUGAAAGUGGAGUUUAAAUUUAUUACUGUAAUUACAACUGGGUCAUUGUGUCACAGCUAAACAUAAUUUUUGCAUAUAUAAUGCCGAUGUCAGAUGUUUGUUACCAAACUUUUUGUUAUAAUGCUAGCAAAUAUUUGAUUUGAUUUUGAUUUUGAUUUUGAUUUAUUCUUUCAAACAUGCAGAACAAAUG